UAUUAAGGUUCCCCUUCUCGUCAUCUUCUUCUCGAUCGAACAACUAGGGUUUUACGGGGUUCAAUUAGAUCUCGUCCGGUCUUGGGACGAGAAUGGCCAAGAAGAGGAGGAGUUCGCUUAGGCCGGUGAAGGCUUCGAAUGGAGCUCCACAGCAUCAAGCGAGCUCAGACUGCUUCGAAGGAGAGCGCCUCGACAAUCUUCUGUCGCAACUCGCCAAGAGUAUAGAGUUGACUAAACUAUCCAAAGGAGAGCUACCUGAAAAGAUAUGGAUCAAGCAACAAUUCUCUGUGGGGGUCAAUGAUGUAACGCGUGUGCUUGAGAGGAUGGUCGAAGCUGAGACGGGAUGCCAAUCUAACGAACAGCCAAAGAAUAGUAAAGCUCCUUUGGUACCACUCCAGGCGGUGAUAUUAGCAGCUGAUUGCAACCCACGGUGGUUGACAAAGCAUAUCCCAAGUUUGGCAUCUUCCACACAGGUUCCUAUGAUCCUUGUGAAGGAUAAUAAAAGAGGUUCUUUGAGACUGGGUGAACUGGUGAAGUUGAAGACAGCAAUGGCUAUUGGAAUAAAGGUCAACGUCCUUUUUCCCCAUACCUUGACUUGUUUAAGACUUAUGCUGAAUGCCUUAUUUUCCCUUCUCUUUCACCAUCUUACGUUUUUCCUAUCUUUUAUUGUGGAUUGCACUUUACAUACUAUGGUUAUUGCUUUCUUGUCUUGUCUAGGCCAAAGGAAGCAGAAUUAAUGAAACUGUUGAUGAAAUUCUCGGUGGUGCUACUUCAGCAGAAGAUACUCUUGAAAUGGCUCAGCAAAUUUGCACUUGAGUUUUAUGGAAAUCUUGCUAUUUGUUUGCACGAGGAAGCUUCAAUUUAUUGGUGUAGAGCUUGGUUAAAGAGCCUGAUGCGGCAGAGAUCUAGGAUGUCAUUAACUGCAGUGUUGUUCAUUUGCAAGGAUCUGGUUCAUCUGAUUUAGCUUCGGAGAAUUAACUUUUUCUGAGGUAAAAGACGCGAGGCUGCAGAUUUUUGGUGCUGAUGCACAAGUCAUCGAACAACAGUAAAUACAUCAACAGCUUAAGUACAUUUCUGUAGUUUCGUGUCUUUCAACUCUCAUCGUAUACGAGGCUAGUGAAGUUUUAGAAUUCUCCAAUUUAUUAAUUCUUUCCGCCAGCAAAGUUGGUCGCAUUUGAUAAAGUAUUUCUCACGUGGAAGGAAGAUAUGGAUUUGUAGUUAAGGAGGCAAUAUUGAUUUUGGCAAGACCAGGUGGAAUUUGUUUAACCUGGUCUUCUCUAGCUUUGCCUUUUCCUAGUAUUUGGUUCUCGGAUGUGCUGUGCUGUGCUGUGCCGUGCCGACUUGUAUAAAUGUUGGUUUAAAUUCAAGCAGUGGUUUCUUGCCCAAUAGCAUCAGGCAUUACCCGAUCAAUUUGUAUGGUUGAUAAGUUCUGGGCUUGAGUCCGUAUAAACAUGUAUUGUAUUCCGAUUAAUAUAAUAGAAGAUUAUAAUCA